AUGCGGGCCGGGCAAAGCGGAAGAAGAAGCGACGGCGGCCAGCAUCCGCGCUUCCACGCGGACGUGGCCGUCCUAGAGGACGGGAUCUCCAUAGCAGCUGCAACAGCGUGCCAAGGCGACGACGAAGACGCGACGCCCCCCAGGGCGCCCCCGCGGCCACCUAAGCUGGCGGGCACUCGCCGCCGGUUAAGCGUGGUCCAGCCCAUGGAGUCGGUCAUCUUGCUCAACCAGAGCCGGGGAACAGGCUCGCCCAGCACCAGCGGCGCCGAAGAGGAGACGUUGCGACUCGAAGGCUGCCUGCCGGCUGAGAAGGCGCUGCUGGACUUUGUGCGACAGUACCCCGCCCAGGGUCGUACCCUGCUCCUGUACGGCGCCUCAGGCUCCGCCUUCAUUUACCUGGCCAAGAUGAUCGCCAAGGAGGACCCACGCUGGGAGGUGAACUACGUGCGCAUGAAGCAGUUCAUGGGCCACUCCAGCGGCCGCGACUGCCAGGCGGAGCUGGAGACCCUGUUCACCGAAGGGGGCAAGGGCAAGAUCAAGAUGCUCUUCUUCUACUUGUUGGACACCAUCUACGGCAACACGCCGGCGACUGAAGAGAUGGAGUACGCGCAGCGGUUCAAGAAAGAACUCCCCGAAUUCUUGAGGCGCGUGGCGUCUGUCGAGAAGCAGCAACUGGCAGUCGUCGCGUCCGCGAAAAAACCCUGGCUCUUCCCGGCUGACCUGCAAUCGCUCUUCCAGAAGUGGGUCCACGUCGGGCUGCCGGGUUCGGCCGAGAGGAUCCAGCUCAUCAGGGCUCACAUCGGACAGGUUCCCUGCUCACUGACCGACACCAACAUUCUCCAGCUGUCACGAAUGACCGAAGACUACACCUAUUCGGAGAUUGGGAACAUGGUGGAAGAGGCCCACCUGGGGCCCUUCAAGAGGAUCGAAGCGGCUACGCAUUUCCGGAAAGUAGGCAGGCACUGGGAAGCUUGUUCGCCCAGCGAACACGGCGCCAUGCAGCUGUCCUGGGUCACGAUGAAGCCGACAGAUGUGAAGGAGCCCAUCGUGUACGGGGAUCUCCUGGACGGGUUUGUGAAGGUGGAGCUGCGUCGAUCUGACAAGGAGAUGGCGAAUAUGGAGGCUGUCCAGCUUGCUCACCCGGAGCCCAAACAAGAUCUCAGUGAUCACACCGAUGGAGCACGUAGCAGUGAAACGUGCGGAAAAGUUCACGGCUGA